AUGUCAACAAUACCAGCAGAUAUAAAUGCCCGCUUAGGCGAGUUGAUAAAAGGCUUAUCGUCACCUGAUAACUCGGUUAGAGGCGAAGCCGAAAAGAAGCUCGAAAACGACUGGUCUGACAAUCAACAAGUUACCAUUCUUCUUGUGUAUCUUGCAGAACAAGCAUGUAUGGGAGAAACCGAAUAUUUAAGGUCUUUCACGGCGGUGUUGUUCAGAAGAAUAGCAAAUAAAUCCCCCAAACCGCCCACAAAAUUCACCGAUAGAAAUAUCGGGGUCAUCAGCGAAGAAUCUCGUCUUCAGAUCAGACAGAUCCUUUUGAAGGCAUUCGUAUCAGAAUCGUCAAAUCAAGUGAGGCACAAAUUGAGUGAUGGUAUCGCCGAGGUGGCCAAGGAGUAUACUCUGCAAGAGAAUUCCUGGCCCGAAUUGCUUCCUGCUUUGUUUUCUGCUGCUACCAACAGCAAUAGUAGCAUUCGUGAAUCUGCCUUUAGGAUCUUUGCGGCUGCCCCCGACAUUAUUGGACAGCGGUACUUAAACGAAGUGUUACCUGUUUUCAACCAGGGGUUCCAGGACCCAAAUGAUGAUGUUAGAAUCGCUCUGUGCACAGCGUUUGUGGAGUUCUUCAAAGAGUUACCCAGGAAUGUUUGGGGUUCCUUGGCUCCUUUAUUACCCAACUUAUUGAACUCUUUGCCAAUGUUCUUGGAAAGUGGACAAGACUCAUCGUUGGCUUUGGUAUUGGAAUCUCUCAUAGAAUUGGUGAUGGUGGCACCUAAAAUGUUCAAAGAUAUGUUCCCCACCAUAAUUGAAUUUUGUUCAGCCGUGUCUAAGAAUAACGACAUGGAAACUAAUACCAGAAAUGCAGCUUUGGAAUUGUUGACGACUUUUUCGGAGGUAUCACCAAACAUGUGUAAGCGCUCAGAAAGUUACACCAGUACAAUCGUGUUGGUGACGUUGUCCAUGUUGACGGAAGUGUGUAUUGAUGAUGAUGAUGCUGCUGACUGGAAUAAUAAUACCAAUAGUGAUGACGAGGACGAAGAAUUGGAAUACGAUGCUGCUCGUCAAAGUUUGGACCGUGUGGCCUUGAAGUUGGGUGGCCACUCUCUUGCUGCUCCCUUGUUCCAAUACUUGCCUACGAUGUGUCAGUCUCCAAACUGGAGAGAACGUCAAGCUGCCUUAAUGGCAUUGUCUGCCGCCGCUGAAGGAUGUGCUGAUGUAUUGAUAAACGAAAUCCCCAAACUUCUUGAAUUGAUACUACCAUUGAUCGAUGAUGCACAUUCAAGAGUCCAAUAUGCGUGUUGUAAUGCAUUGGGACAAAUGUCUACCGAUUUUGCUGAUGUGAUCCAAAGAACCUCUGGUGCUCAAAUUUUACCUGCUUUAAUUUCAAAAUUAACUAACCAGUCUGUUCCUAGAGUUCAAGCUCAUGCUGCUGCUGCAUUGGUGAACUUCAGUGAAGCUGCUACCAAGGAAGUGGUGGAACCAUAUUUGGAUGAUUUGUUAACGAAUUUGUUAGGACUUUUGCAUUCACCUAAAAAGUAUGUUCAAGAACAAGCUCUUACUACCAUUUCUGCCAUUGCAGAUGCUGCUGAAAAGAAAUUUCUCAAAUACUACGAUACGUUAAUGCCAUUGUUGUUCAAUGUGUUGAAAUCCGAUGUGGGUGAAGAAAACAGAGCCUUAUUAGCCAGAUGUAUUGAAUGUUCCACAUUGAUUGCUUCUGCUGUUGGAAAGGAAAAGUUUUCGGAACAUUCAAACGAUUUGAUUCAAUUAUUUGGUCAUAUUCAGUCUACCAUUGAAACUCCCGACGACGAAGUCAUUCCUUAUUUGGAUCAAGGUUGGGCUAGAAUCUGUAGAUUGGUUGGUAAAGACUUUACUCAAUACUUGCCUUCAAUUUUACCGUCGCUUAUAGAAACAGCAAAAGCCACUCAGGAUAUAUCCCUCUUGGAUGAAGAAGAAGCUGAUGAAUACCAACAAAGUGACGAAUGGGAUGUUAUUCAGUUCGGUGGUAAACACCUUGCUGUUCAUACUGCUGCUUUAGAUGAAAAAGUGACCGCUUUAGAGUUGUUGAACAGCUACGCUAUGGAUUUGAAGGCUGAUUUCUUUCCUUGGGUUGGUCAGUUGGUGGAAAUUACUAUUCCUGGUUUGGAUUUCUACUUACACGAUGGUGUUAGAGUUCAAGCUGCCAUAACAUUGACUUCACUUUUGCAGUGCACAGUAGCGGCUACUGGUAAUAAUUCUAAUGAGACAUUGCAAAUCUGGACUCAAAUUUGUGAUAAAUUGUGUACCACUUUAGCCAGUGAACCAAUUUCGGAGUUGUUAAUUGCCUACUAUUCCUCUCUCAAGAAUUGCAUCAACAUCAUCCACCCUGGUGCUUUAUCUCACGUGCAAUUAGAAAGCUUAUCCAAAGCCAUAAAUACCAACUUGAUAGAAGUUUAUCAAAGAGUUAGACAAAAGGACAACGAAGACGAUGAAUACACUGAAGAUGUGGAUGAUGGGGAGGAAGAAUACACUGAUGAAGAAAUUUUAGACAAAAUUAGUGGAGUCAUAAGGUCCAUUUUCAAAAGUAGUAAGGUUGAAUUUUUACCUCAUUUCAACCUCAUAUUCACCACUGUUUUGCAGGUAAUUGGCGAGGAGAAUGUUAACUUAAGAUUGAAUGGCUUAGCUGCUAUCAAUGAUCUUGUGGAGUUCACCGGCCCAGCUUCAUAUACUUAUAAAGAUCAAUUCUUGAACUUUGUGGGUGAAUCGUUGACCUCUUCGGAAGCGACUAUCAGGCAGUAUGCCUGCUCUAUUGUCGGCUUCGCUGCACAAAAUGGAGGGGAGCAGUAUAAGGAAUUCUGCUUAUCAAGCUUACCUCACUUAUUCAGAAUGGUCUCCAUUCCUGACUCCAAAGCCGAAGAAAACGUGUACGCAACCGAGUCCCUGGUGGGAGCCAUUGCUAAAAUUUGCCAUGCUUUUGGAUCAUCUAUUCCAGACUUGGAUAGUGUUAUUCAGCAAUGGUUCAACCUUUUACCAGUUGUCCAGAAUGAACAAGUAGCCCCAUACGUCUACUACUUUUUGGGAGAAUUAGUUAAGAGUCAGCACCCUGUGGUUCAGAACGGUAUAACCAAGGUUGUGGACUCAAUAUUACAAGCAUUAUCAAACGCAGCGUUAAUCGGGCAGGAUGCUGCUCGGGCCGCAGAGUUGGCUAGACAGGUUCUUGGAUCCAUGCCACACCCAGAAGCUAUUGCACUCUUGCAGAAGUAUAACGAGUCUGACCUCAUCAAAAAAUACUUCUCAUAA